AUGCAUGAAGAUGCAAAAAAAGUAUCAAGGCGAUGCGAAGAAUGUCAACAUCAUGGGAAGAAAAUACAUGAGCCCGAAGCAAUGCUAAAUACGUCAGCGAAUGCGUGGCCAUCUGGAAAAUGGGGUAUUGAUAUUGUAGGCCCAGUUAUACUAGGUACAAGACAAAGAAGAUAUUUAAUUGUCGCGAUAGACUAUUUCACAAAGUGUGCAGAAGUAAAAGCAGUUCAACAUAUUCAUGACAAAGACAUAUUCACAUUCAUUUUUGAAAAUAUCAUAUGUAGAUUUGGCAUCCCUGCACAAUUAGUAUCUGAUAAUGGAAAGCAAUUUGGAGGCGAGAAUAUAGAGAUGUUACUCAAUGCGUUCAAAAUUUAA